AUGGCAGACUUCAGACUGCACAAUAUUGCUUCACUCGCUGUGGGAACUCUCUAUUCUGUCACGAGUCAAACAACAUAUCGCGAUAGAAGAUAUACAGCAUACUAUUCCACCGGCAUUAUUGAAAAAUUGCCUGUGUAUUGCAAAGUAGGCUUCACCCACUAUUUACCGCAUCGGCCUAUCAUACGCGAAGAUAAACUUGCUAGUAAAACGCGCAUUGUUUUGAUGCUAGCGUUUCGCACCAAUAAUAUAGCAAUUAUAGCGGAUAUGGAAAAAGCGUUUCUUCAAAUUUGCUUGCACGAAGGUCACCGUAAAUACGUUCGUUUUCUUUGGUACGAAAACAUUGAACAAAUAAAUUUUCUAGAUUUUGAAGAAAAUAAGUUGAUCAAGUAUAGAUUAUGUCGUAUUCUUUUUGGUCUUACAUCAUCACCCUUUAUUUUCUCAGCUGUAUUGCAGAAGCAUAUCAAUACAAAUCAAGAUGUAGACAAGAACUUGGAAAAACUGCUUACAUCUUUACACGUGGAUGAUUUAAACAGCGGUACUUAA